AGAGUCGAGCUGGACGUUGGCAGAUCUGGUGACACGGAAGGCUCUCAGCCGAUGGACACCAAGAACGGUCCUGCAGCUGUCAUUCGUAACAUUGCAUGUGUGUUUCGAGGACUUCCCUACGAAGGGCGCCGGCUUGUCAUCGCCGACAGCUACUACACGUCGAUCCCGCUGGCACAACAGCUCCGGACCAUGGGGUUCAACUACGUGGGAACAAUUCAAACCGUCCGGAAAGGUUGGUGUGAAGCUCUAAACUACCCCAAAAAGAAGCGCCAGGCAAGGAAUCCUCGUGGCUCGUUCAAGAUGGCAGUGGCGAAGUCGAACCCAGGGCUCGUAGCGACAAUGUGGGUCGACAACACGAUCGUGUACUUCCUAUCGUCACAAGUAGUGGCAGAAUCAACAACGGUUCGGCGGGGAGAACGA